AUGUCCAAGUCCAUCACCUCUGUCGAACCUAGCCCAUUGGCUACCGCCAAAGAGCAUGCCAGCACCGACAUGAAUUAUCCGCCCGAGGUGGCGGCGUUGAUGAAGGAGUUCACCGGUGCCAAGUAUACCAAGCUCAUGCGUAAGCUUGACAUGCGACUUAUCCCGAUUGUGAGUAUACUUGACCUUAUCAUGUUCGUCAAUGCUGACGCUGCGUUCCCAACUGGCAAUAUUGCCAACGCUCGGCUGGCUGGUCUCGAGGAGGAUCUCGGCAUGGAAGGCGACCAGUAUAAUGUUGCCCUGACCAUCUUCUUCGUCUCCUACAUCGUCUUCGAGGUACCUGCCAACAUGGCCCUCAAGUACCUAUCACCACGCAUCUGGAUCACACUGAUUGCCGUGUCCUGGGGACUUGUCAUGACUCUCAUGGGUCUUGUUCACAACUACGAGGGUCUACUGGCGGCACGGUUCAUGUUGGGCGUGCCAGAAGCUGGAAUAUUUCCUGCCGCCGCAUACUACAUCACGAUAUGGUACUCACGACACGAGGCCAUGUAUCGGACGGCACUCUUCUAUGCCACUGCUUCUUUAGCUGGCGCCUUUUCCGGCCUUCUUGCGUAUGCCAUCACACUCAUGGACGGCAUAGGCGGUCUUGCCGGAUGGCAGUGGAUCUUUAUCCUUGAGGGUAUACUGACUGCCUUGUGCGGCUCCAUGGCGUACUUCACCAUCUACAACGGCCCCGACUCGGUCUCGUGGCUCACAGAUGAAGAGAAGGCGUACAUCAAGGUGAAGCUGGCGUAUGACGGCAACAGGUCAGGCAUGGGCGCCUCAGAGGAAGGGUCCAAGAAGAAGUAUAUCAAAGACGCCUUUUGCGACUGGCAGGUCUAUCUCAGCGUCGUCAUCUAUUUGGGCAUCUCCGUCUCAACAUAUGGCAUUGUCUUUGGCCUUCCCACCAUUGUGUCCACCCUCGGAUAUACCGACCGUGCUGCCCAGCUCAUGACGAUCCCCCCCUACGUUACAGCCUGCAUCCUCACCAUCGUCGUCGCUCACCUUUCCGACCGACUCAAACGCCGAGGCUACUUCAUCGCUGGCUCCCUGGCUUUUGCUCUCGUAGGCUUCAUCAUUGCCAUCACGACGGCAGGACAUGCGAACCUGGCGGGUGUUACGUAUGCAGGUUGCUUCAUUGCCUGUUGUGGAUUCUUCCCAGCUUUCCCAGGCGUCAUUUCCUGGCUUGCGAACAACCUCGCGGGGCCGUACAAGCGCGCCAUUGCCAUGUCGCUACAAAUCUGUAAGAGAUCUCCCUACAAUACUCCUUUGAGUGAAGGAAAAUUUGCAUUGGGCAAUACCGGCGGGCUUAUUGGAUCCAAUAUCUACCUGGCGCGAGAGAAGCCACGGUACACGACAGGCUACGGUAUCUCGAUCGGGUUUAUUAGCUUGGCCAUUGUGGCGACGGGUGUCAUGAUGGCCGUCCUGUCUUUGAAGAACAAGAAACGGGACCGGUAUGUUGAGCAGAAAGGGGGUCCGGACGGCGUGGUGGACCAGCACGGUGAUGUCGCGUUGACAGAGAUGGGUGACAAAAGUCCCCUUUUCAGAUACACGCUGUGAUGUGGAGCAUGCAUCUCGGGAACGCGUGGAAGAAGAGAGAGCUUACUCUAAUUAGCUUGGGUUUCUAAUCUUGUUGAGUAUCAGAACACACUUGUUUGUCAUGUACUAAGGAGUACUACUGUUUAGCUUUGUGAUUUGUCUCAUGGGACAGCCAUUGGAAAGAAGACUGAGGCAAUCUGCUGAGCUAGGCCAGGUUGACU